AUGGAUUCCUAUAAUUUAAACUUUGAGAAAAUGAGCAACCUGGACCUGCACCCUCUGAGCCUACCAUUGAGUCGGCUCUCCCGAACCAAGUCCACCAGCAGCAUCGACCAGUUCACGUACCACCAUAGCAAGGGCGACUCGGCCUACAGCUCCUUCUCUGGGGGCUCCAACGCCCCAGACUACCCCUCCCCCUUCCUUCCAGAUGACCUCCAGCACCACUAUGCCGACCUGAAGUAUGUGAAGGCCAUCUACCACCCCAACGCCCUCGACUCUGACGCCAAGAGCAUGGAUCAGCUCUACCGCUCCAUGGAGGCCAUCUCAAACCAGUAUCGUCACAACCGCAACAACAAUGGCUGCCUGAGUGCUGCACAGUACUGUGAUCAGAAUCAGGAAACGCUGCCACCCCCUCCUCCUCUGCCGCCUCCGCCCCCCGACCGCCUGAACAGCUUCAUAGCCACUAGGAACCUGGAGAGCUGCAGGGCGCAGCACAGUCCCGAGGGCCAGCUGGCAGACAGGUCACCUCCACGACCCCAGACCGCUAAUCCUGAUGCUGCCUGUCUCAGGCCUGACCUAGUCUAUGGCCGCCGGGCCUCACAGCCCUAUCACAGGGACCCAGUCAACUCUGACCACACAGAUAAGAACCCUGAGCAGAAAACUUCAGCAAACAUCUUAAGCCGAUCACCCCCUUGCACGAGUCAGCCUGAGCAGCACCCUAAUCAGCAGGCCGGUAGCAGCGGUGGCGGCCAUUCAGAGGGUCAGCGUAAGAGGGCGCAAGAGACGCACGGGUCCCUCCUGCCGGAGCCACCGCGGUCUGCCAUCCCCUUGCAUGUGGGCCAGAACAUGGUCAACAGCAGCAUCCAGCACAAGGGCCAGUUUUACUUCAUUACAGGUGUUUGUAAGUCGUCAGAGUCCAGUCUGAAGCAUGGUUCUCUGUGUGUGUCAGAGGCAGGCAGUGAGAGCCCUGUGUCCGAGCCAGUGGAGAGGGAGAGGUUGCACAGCACCAUGGACAACAUGUUCAGGAACACCCAACAGAGGCACCACAGCAUCCAUGACACCACAACAACCGAUGUCAGGGAGUUUUACACCAAGAGUCAAGAUGUAAACUCCAGAAGCCAAGAUGAGGCGAAACAGACUCAGAGUAGGAUUUCAUAUGGCCCCUCUCACAUUUUAAACCAGCGCUCCCGCAGUUUCGAUGCUUUACAACAAAGUCUCAAGGUCCAGAGCAGAGAGAUCGGCAGGCAUCACAUCCCCAACAACCCCAUUUUCUACUGCGGCCCAGAGGCGAACUGUCCGCCGUUAUCAAACUCCCACAACCAGGAAGUCCCUCCACCAAUCACCAUGGAGCAGGUCACCCACCACAAGAGAGACGAACAAGUCAACACAGGGAGGAGUCGGUCGUUAGGAGACGUUGCCAGCAAGAAGAUCAACAAGGAAAACACCCCGCUACUGUACCACCUCACUGGAGCCAACAGGGCAGAGCUAAAUUUGAAUUUGAAGCCCAAAAAGGACAUUGAGGUCAGUGUGAAAGGUAAUGAUGCAGGCCUCAAUGCUGCUCAUCAGGAAAGGCAAGCCCCUGUUAGCUGUAGUGAUACGACACCACAGGGUGAAACAUCCAAGGAGGAGAGCAUGGAAGCUAUCGCCCACCCCUGCAACACACUGGACGACUCCUUCAAGAAGUACUACAAGGAGAAACUGAAGGGCGCCCAGGAUAAGGUCCUCAGGGAGACCUCCUUUAAGAGGAGUGACCUGCAGCUGUCCUGGCCCCACAGAGUGAGGCAGAGGCCUGAGCUCAGGCCCACGGUACUUCACACUGUCUCCUCUUCACAGUACUCUGAGACCUCAGCAGACACACUCACCCCCUCCCCAACACACUCUGAGGGGACAGAUAAGGAGAACAUAAAGGAAACGCUGAAGGAGGUUGAGAAAGAGAAAGAGAGCGUGGUGGUGAAGGACAGUGAAAAGGAGAAGGGGAGGCCAGCAAAUGUUGCCCAGCCUCAGUUGGCUCGUAUCGGGGGCAGGAGGCGUCUGACUCCAGAGCAGAAGAAGCUGUGCUACUCAGAGCCGGAGAAGCUGAACCAGCUGGGUGAAGGAGGCCUGCUAGUACUCUCAGGCGAGGAGGAGGAGCUGGGAGAACAGGGCCUGGUGGCGGCUAGGAGGAAGAUUUUUGAGACCAAAGGCAGGGCCCUGUCCGCCUCCAGCCUCUCCAAGACCUCCCUGAAGCACCUCCAGCACAAGGCCCUGGUGGCCUACAUGGAGCGCAAGACGGGCCACAAGGUGGCUGAGCCCCAGCAGCCUGCCCCUCAAGCCCCUCUAGCACCUCAAGCCUCUCAAUCCCCCAGCCAGAGGCACUCCAUGGCUGGGAAGCCAGCUGACUGGGGUCCCAAGCCUCAGUCUGGAAAUAAAGGAGGCCCCAAGAAAAAGCUGUACAGGCCCCAUUCCGCUGGAUGCGUCCUGGACUCGACCUCCAGCUCCAAGAAGUACGCCCAGUUCAGCUCUGGCUCCACUCAGGCCGGAGGUCAUCCCCACCAGGCUAGCUGGAGAGAGUCACCCAGCCCCUCUCAGGGGAAGUCUGCCUCUGUGGAGAGUCUUCUGGACCAACCAGAACCACCUGAGUUCUUCAGAAACCGCUUCACCUCAACACCCCAUGCAUUUCAGGUAAGCCUCAUCAUCAGAACGCUUGAUAUGAUUGCUUUUUAAAUAAUUUAAUAGGAUUUGUAGAAUUGUAUUGAAUUUUAUAGAGGCCCAUGUCACUUUACUGAAUGUACCACAAUAAAGGUUCAAAGGGUAUUAUGAAUGCUGAUUCUUGGUAUGUUUGGCUACAGGGUCACAACUACAUGAAUGAUGCAUCACCAGUCAAUACUAUGGACACUUCCAGGUAUUUUGCCCUCACUCGUUUAUUGUGAAAGUGGGAGUGUCUGCGCCUGUAAGAUUUUACUGUAUACCAUGCUGUUGAACACGGAUGUUUGCUCAGACGUGAUUUAUUGCAGUACUGAAAGUGAACACUCAUAUACCGUGCCAACAUUCCAUUCUGAGAAGUAUGUAGACAAAACAUAAAACUUCAUUACAGCUAUGUUCAGGGAGUCUUUUUUUUAAACAAGUGUUUUUUUUUUUCAUCAGCUAUGGUUGGGGUAAGAUAAAGGCAUACCAGGAACGUAAGUCUCCAAAGCAUCUCAAUCUCAUCACAAUCUCUGUAUAACUUUUCAGUGCUCAGACUCCGAGGCCAGUGGAUGAGGAGAGUGUGGUGAUAAGGAGAGACCAGGGGAUGUCAGCCCCUGAGGGUCAGCGGGUCCGGGUGAUGGGUCGGCGGGUCCGGAUGGUGGUCCAGCGGGGGAAGUCCCUGGAGGAGUUGGGUGUGUCCCAGGUCAGCAGCUCCUCGGUCCUCAGUAAGAGCUCUGAGCAGCUGGACCAGCUCCGCAGCAGGCAGGGGGCCCCAGGACCAGGCCAGGAAAAAAGCAGCGUAUCGUUCUUCAGUGAGGGCCAGGAGAAAGCCCAGGGGCAGACCCAGAAGAAGCACCUCUUCAAGCAGGACUCUGCACCACAGCUGGGCAGUAGGGAGAAAAGUAGAGAGAUUACUAAAAGCACCAGGGAGUCCAGUGCGUCGGUCUCCCCAGUAUCGAGCACCUCGUCUCAGGUCAGGGCUCGCUCAGAUGGGUCCCCUGGAUCAUACGACUUUGGCCCUUUGGUUAAAGAUGAGGUAGAGACCACUGGGAUCUCCUGCGACGUCCCACUACCACCGUCCCCUAACGGUCAGGAGUCCAGUGAGAGAUUGGUCAAGUCCACCUCAACUUCUCCCUCCAUACCUAUCCAUCCCAGGGGCACUGGCGAGAGCAAGACUGGCUCCAAGUAUGUGACUAUAUUAUGAUAAAGUGACCCUCGCUCUCCAAACAACAUUCUUAUCAUUAAAUCAGUGUUACUGUAUAAGGGAACAAUGGCUAUUUAUCACUGUUGAUAUUAUUUGGAUAAUUCCAUUUUCUAAUGUCUCUCUUAUUCCAGCAGAGUGAAGACCGCCCCUCCUGUACAACACUCUGUGGAGAGAGAGCAGUCAGUGGACGAGCCCAGUGAGACUUCUCAGCCCGAGGCCUCUCAGGAAGUCUCCCUGAGCUGUGGAGUCACCACAGACCCCACUCUUUGGGUCACACCACCUGAACCAGGGAGCCAAGAGGAGGACGAGGACCCAGCGCUUUCUGAUAAUCUGACAGAGGGAGAGACUCCAACACUAGCCCCUGCUCCAGCAGCUUGUGAGCCCCUUACAACUUCCUCCACCACGCCAGUCCCUGACACUGACACCUGCCAGAGCGGGGAGGGCGAGCAACCAGAGGAAGAAAAGGAAACGGGGGAGGGGGAGGUGGAGACCCCAGCAGGAGAGACAGAGUGCCCAGAAAAGACACCCACCACUGAGGAGCCAAAGUGGGAGGAGCUGGUAGAGGAGGUGGUCACAGCGAACCAAUCGCUGGCUCGGGUGCUGUACCCGUUGACCAAUCGUAAGACGGCGCUGAUGCUGAUGGAGCAGCUACUGUCAGAAGACACUCUGCUGAUGGAGGAGCACUAUAAGAAGAAGCAGGAGCGGAGAGACAGCAGCAAGACACUGCAUGCUGCUGACAGGUGACUAUCUCAUUAUUACAUUGUACUGUACAGGUUCAGGUGACUGAUAGCCACAACCUGUUACAUCACUGCACCUGGAUAUCUGCUUACAAAUUGCGGUUAGAUUAAAAGACACGUGUCCAUGUAAAGACAAAUGCAUGGCUAAAGACGCAUUAACAUUUUUCCAAGGUUGAUCAAAAUUUAAAUUUAAAAAUUUAAUUUAGUCAUUUAGCAGACGCUCUUAUCCAGAGCGACUCACAGUUAGUGAGUGCAUACAUUUUUCUAUAUCUCAUCCAUAUACAUCAAUAUCGUCAUUCAAAUGUGUGUGUGUGUGUCUCUCUCUCUCUCUCUCUCUACAUAAAGCUCUGAAACAGUGGAUGAUCCUGAAGCACCUCCCACAUCUCCUGUUGAUGAGAAAGUCCAACCCCAACCAGAGCCACUGAGCAAGGCGGAUGUCACAGAGAACAUGGUCAUUAUUGCUUUUCAGCUCUGCAUUAUGGGUUUUUGUAAUAGAAGUGUAUUUGCUUGAUCUCUGCCAGUUGAAUAUGUCAUCUGAAUCAGUGGAGGCUGCUGAGGGGAGAACAGGUCAUAAUAAUGGCCGGAACGGAGCAAAUGGAAUGGCAGCAAACACCUGGAAACCAUGGAAACCAUGCGUUUGAUGUAUUUGAUACCAUUCCACUUAUUCUGCUCCAGUCGCCAACCUCAUGUGAUCUGAAUAUCAUCAGGGCCCAGUUUUUCAAAAGUUAUCUGAUCGGAUUUCUGCAAUCGGAUAGGAUUAAAGGUUAGAAUUGGGUUUUUCAAAACUGAAAAGUUAUAUUCUUAUCCUCUGGAUAGGAAUAAGAUUUGGUAAUCCAAUCUGAGUUUUAAUCAGGGUUGAAUGUAUUUUUUUUUUUAUCAACCUUUAUUCAUGUGGUUUACUCAGCUUUGUUUCCCUAUGAGAGUAGGGAAGUAGUACCACAACCUGUCCAGUAGAUGGCGAGGUGGAGGCCUGUUCAAAGCACUGAAAAUCAGGAUUCUGUGAUCUUGAUAAUAAUAUGCCAUUUAGCAGACGCUUUUAUCCAAAGCGACUUAGUCAUGCGUGCAUAAUUUUUUUUGUGUGUGUAUGGGUGGUCCCGGGGAUCGAACCCACUACCUUGGCGUUACAAGCGCCGUGCUCUACCAGCUGAACUACAGAGGACCAUGUGGUAGCUGGAUCAGAAUGAUCACAUCUGAUUAUUUUCUCAAACUCAAAACGCCAGAUCGAUCUGAUCCUGAAUAGCAAAAAAGAGAAUGACAGAAUCCGUAUCAUUCUGGAUAAAACAUUUUGAAAACUGUGCCCUGGAUGCAGUUUAACUAGGUUUGGCAUCAGCUUAAUGUCUGACUAGAUUAUUGAGAUGCCAGAAACUGUCAGACUCAUAUCCUGUUUGUUUUGAGCCUGAUGUCUCCUCUCUUUCUCCUGCACAAAUCACACACCCACAAGCAGACUAUUGUAAUGUAUACUGCUCUCUCUCAAACUCACCAAUUCCCUCCACUUCCUACAGAGGCAGCUGGUGACGUGUAUUGAGGAGCGUCUGCAGGCCUUGGGGGAGCCCCGAAGUGCCCUGCAGGUGGAGGUGGAGGAGAACAGGAUGCGUGGCGAGGCCGUGGAGGCCCUGGUUCGGGAGCGAUGUACGCCCGUGGAGCUGGAGCGCUAUGGCCUGUUCGUAGGAGACCUGGAGCGUGUGGUCAGCCUGCUGCUGUGUCUGUCUGCCCGGCUAGCCCGCGUGCAGAACGCCCUGAGUACCGUGGACCAGCACACCGACUCAGAGGAGAAAGUGAGAGAGACUGUAGUCAUGCUUUGAACCACUCAUAGGCAUGAUGUUAUGAUGUUUACUCUGGAUCAAACAUGCUGGUUGAAAAAGUUAUAAUAGCACCUUAUCUGAGCAAUUGUGUUCUUGAUUUUUGGAGUUUGCGUAAUCGAGAGGGAUUAUACAUUUUGUAUUACCAUAUAAUUAUGUAUUUAUUGAUUGCCAUUAUUAUGUUUUGUAAUUAACAUUUUUACUGUGUUUCUCAGCUGGAUAUGCCAUGUACUUUUCAGUCAGAAUGGUUUAUAAGAUGUUAUGAUUAGAUUGCAGUGUAUAGCAUCUGAUGUAAGCAUCUGAUUAAGUUUCUCGCUAGAUGUUCUAGUUUUGUGUGGUUCACAUUUUUAAGUACCAAUGCUAAAUUAUUAUGUUUUAUUGUUGCUCUGGAUCUUCAGAUGUGCAUUCAAUAGGCUCAUAGUUGAAUUAUUUCUGUGAAUAUCCCAUUGACCAUCCUGUGUAUUGAGCGUGUUUUAGUGCCUCGUAUUUUCUGCUGCUAUCAGCAGUGCUGGUAUUUUCAAUGAGUCACUGAAACUCAACCAGUUUCGAUGCACAUUUCUAUCUGCCCUGCCCUCUGUUGACAAAAAGAAGUACUGCACCACUUUACUGUGAAACUGCAACAUGAACUAACUUGACUAGCAGUUUCUCCAUAACAGCAGGCAGCAAAAUGCCUUCCUAAAAACACUACUAGUACACAUUGGAUAAUGAUUAAACAUUUAGGGAAUGUUGUGCUUAAUUUCAUCCAACCUUUUUUAAUACCUUGGCAGGAUUCUCUGGACAACCGUCACCGUCUGCUGUGUAAGCAGCGGGAGGAUGCCAAAGACCUGAAGGACAACCUGGACAGACGGGAGCGGAUGGUGUCUAACUUCCUGUCUCGCUGCCUGACAGCCGAGCAGCUCCAGGACUACCGGCGCUUUGUCCAGACCAAGGCCUCGCUCCUCAUCAGGAUGAAGGACCUAGAUGAGAGGCAGCGUCUGGGGGAAGAGCAGCUGGAGUCCCUGCUCAACACCCUCCCUCCAUGAGGAGCACCACUAGGUCCCCAUCCUACUCUCUCAUCUCCCCCAGCCAUCCAUCACCUCUCUGGGUUUAUAGAGGCCUGAAUCCCCGCUGCUUCCUCCAUCCUGGGCUGUUACCAGCCAGCACAAUCACAUGGAUG